UAGUGGCUAAUGUGUAGCCUCAAACAGAUGAGGAGUGGGCAACAGGGGUCUUGUAAGCUCACUUCAUCUCUCUCGACUCACACUUGAGCGGCAGCUGAUGCUGACUCAAGUGACAUCACACGAGGCAGUUCAUUAGAUUUUGCACAUCUCCUCCUGGAGCCACAGGAGGCUGUAUUCAGCUUCUUUCAUUAUCAGUGGUGCUCACCAAUUAAGUCAUUUGAAUAUGAAUGUAACCCCUUAAGACAAAUAGACAGCAGCUUUAAAAGUGAACGUCAGAGACAGAGACCACAUCACAUGCGGUCUGGAGUCUGAAACGCUUUGAUGUGAGUGACCUUGAUAGCAGACCUGGCGCCUCCCUCCUCCUCCAGUCAGCACCUUGAAGUCAUCCAGCAGGAGCCUGAGGAGCUCUGGAAACGGGCAGUGCAGCCGUGCGUCCGUCCGUCCAUCCAUCUCUCCAUCGGUCCGUCCCUCAGAGCUGUGUCGUGUUCAGUGGCCCCUGGUGGAGCUGCUGCAGCUGAGCAUGUGCUCGGCUCCUCCACAGGACAGAAGGGACGCUUCCCACCAGCACACAGGUUGUGGACAUGGAGCUCUGAGCGCGCGGCUCCGACACAAGAGCGCUGUCACCAAGCUGUUAUUCAUCCCUGCAUCAUGGAGGAUCAGCCUGGUGCAUCAUGGGAGCUCCUCAACAGUGUGACAGACACAAUAUAUGAGGGCUGAGAGGCGGUCAUGGAGUCUGACAGCUACACCUCGGGCCCAGCCACCACUGACUGGGCUGGGAUGGUGGCAGGCCUGGAGGGAACGGGAGUCCUUGAGGAGCAGGAAGGAGGGGGCUCGUCCAACAGCCCUGCGUCGUGGUUAAUGCCGUACUCGCUGGGCUUCCAGGUGCCGCUCACCGCCUUCCUUAUGCUGGAGCUGGUGUUGGGUUUCAGCAGCAACCUGACGGUACUGGUGCUCUACUGCUCUCAAUCCAAUUUAGUGGACUCGGUGAGCAAUAUGGUGACUGUCAAUCUGCAUGUGCUGGAUGUGGCGGUGUGCGUGCUGUGUCUGCCCCUCACUCUGGUGGUCGUUCUGCUGCCUCCAGGACCAAACCUGGCCCUGCUCUGCUGCUUCCACGAGGCCUGCGUCACCUUCGCCAGCAUAGCCACAGCCAUCAACAUCCUGGUUAUCAGCAUGGACCGAUAUGACAUCUCAGUACGGCCGGCCAACAGGAUGCUGACGACACGCAGAGCAGCGCUGCUCCUGGCUGCUGUCUGGGUCACCUCGGUGGCUGUGUUUUUCAUCCCAUUCUUGGAGGAGCAGUGGUCCAGUGGGGAUGGAGCAGAGGUGAGAGGACAGGGGACACCCUUGUCCUUGUCCUCACGUGGCAUUAGUGCCACUGUGGUGCCAGCGUGGCGCAACCAGACGCUGCUGUGUAUUGGUGGGCAGGGCUUCCACAUAGGCCAAAGUAUGUAUUACCAUCUUAUCCUGCAGGUGCCCAUCUUCUUUGUCACCGUGGCUGUCAUGCUGUUUACCUACUCCAGAAUACUGAGGGCUUUAAACAUCCGCAUUGGCUCCCACAUGAAGAAGAGCCAGCGGUUCAAGGGUCCCUCUUGCGGGGGGCGCCACAAGAAACAGAAAAAAAAGAAGGCGGGGGUCAGAAUGAAUGACAGUGCAGAAGGAGGAGGGGGAGGGGAACAGUGCACCACGGAUGGCACAAAACAGCACAGCCACCCACCCCUCAUCCCCUCCCCUACCCCCACACCCACAGCUACCUCCCCCCCAGCCCUAUCCUCUUCGGCCCCCCUCGUCAUGCCUGACACGGGUGCUGCCACCCACAUGCCCCCCACCAUGGGUGUCCAGGCCUCUGUGUCGGCCAUCAUUGCCCUGAGGCGGGCAGUGCGGCGACACAGGGAUCGACGUGAGCGACAAAGGCGGGUGUUCAGGAUGUCCCUCAUCAUUAUCACCACCUUCCUGGGCUGUUGGGCUCCCCUCUCUGUGACCAAUGUGCUAAUCCUUGGCAUCGGCCCCAGUGACACCUUGGUCAGCGUACGCCUAUGGUUCUUAGCCCUGGCCUACGGCACCACCGUCUCUCACCCACUGCUCUACGCCUUCACCCGACAGAAGCUACGCCGUGCCCUCCGUGCCAAGGUUAAGAAGAGGGUAGUGUCCCUGCUCCAGGUAGACCCUUCUCCAGGGGGCACUGUCAUACACAACUCCUGGGUGGAGAACAGAAAAACCAGUCGGCAGGUGCGGCUGGAAGCGAGCGAAGGUACUGACCGCUGCCUGGCAGAGGUCCUGUGAGACUGACACACAAGGGCCCACAUUGUAUAAUUAAAACCCAGAAUACAGUCACAGGUGUGUUCCAUUAUAAAACUCGUUGGCGCGUGAAGCCAGUGUAAGAGAUGUGAAAAACACAUUUCCACCCCUGGGAGAUGUUUUAAUGUAACCACCAGCAGCAAGCCCAUGUGAAACACGGCGAACAUUCACCUCAGGCAGCAGUGGGAGCAGGGGGCUGUUGUCUCUGGUUGUGGUGCGCACAGCCUCUGCAGCUGAAGGAAAUCAUACAACAACUAACACAUACUUGUAUAUAAUUUGCAUCUUCACUCUGUGAAAUAGUGAAGUCUGUUUACAUGUGGAGUUGUAUGAUAUGGCGUUAUAUAGCGAUGUUUACCUAAUGGCUCCAAAGAAUGUGUGUAGACCGAAGAUCUUCAGAUCUCCCACCCACUCUAAUGCUCCAAGGCAGCUUUAAAGAAACGUCGAUACACUUUGUCAAAAAGCUCCUUGAAUGUAUUUAAUUUUGGUCUCUGCCUUCAUUCUGCUCUGAAUGUUUAGCUGGAUGGGAUGUUGUGUAUUCUGAACUAAACACAGAAUAUGCACGUCAUAUGGUGAUGACAUGUAAAUGUGUCAGGGUUGAGGAGGGGAAGUCCACAGAGACAAGGCAAGGAACAAGUCAGAGGGCAAUUAAAGGCUAGUGUGAAAUAUUAAAUCCAGUUUUGCUUGAGCUUGAGUAGUUUUUAAACGGUCAAUGUUUCAGUGUUUAUACAAAAUCUUGCUGACCUCCCUCAUAUAAAUGAAACACAUUUUCUAAUAAUAUCCAGUAAUAUCCCAUCAAUGUUUUGCAUAUAUUGCAGGGAGGGAAGGGAAGCACAUUGUUCAAAGUAGCCCAGUAGUUUGACAUUUUGAGAAAUAGGCUAAUAUGCUGUGUGACAAAAUUAGAUUAAAAAGAUUGAUAAUAUCUACUGUUUAAAUAUGAAGCUACAGCUAGCAGCUGGUUAGCUUAACUGAGGAUAAACCCUGUCCAAAAAUAACCACUCAAUUUUACACAUUUUUACAGAUUAAAAAACACAAUAUAUAACAUUUUACCUUAAGAAUGAGCAGGGCUAGCUGUACCCCAAUUCUUUAUGCUGAGCUAAGCCAUCUAGCUGCUGACUUUAACAUCAUUUUUAGCUACCAUACCGGCAUAGGAGUGCCAUUCUCAUCUUGAUUUACAGUAUAUCCGCUUUAGGAACUGCAUGUCCUUUUGCUUCAGGUGCCAACUCUCUCCCUCACUAGAUGUUAUACAUUAGUUACUGAUGCAUUUUUGGCAGCUCUUACAAGUCCAGUGUAAGAAAGCGCCAUAGCAAGCUAACUUUAGCAUGUGGCUCGCUAUGUCGCUAAUGUUUUAUCUUUCAUUUGGUAAACUAUCAUGACAAGUCAAGUAUUUUAACAGAGUAACGGAUGAAAAAGUGCUGAGAUAACUAUGGAUGCACUGAAAAGUUGACACUCAGAAAACAAAAGAACAUGCAGCUUGUAAAAGGGGGUUAUGUGUCAAAUUACAUUGUGCAGGUGGAGAAUUAAACUUUUUGAUCAAACUCUUAGCAAGAAAGCAAGUAGGUAUUGUUCUGGAAUGCUUAACUGACCCAUAAACAAUGAAAAAUAAAUCUAUUCUAUGAUUUAUUAAAUUGAUUCAAUGUUAACAUAAUUAUGGGUAAAAUCAGCUGUCUUUGUUGAAGUAGCUAGCUGGAAGCAAAAGCUGGAAGGAUAACCUUUCGGUAUAAUGCAGUCCAAUGUGACACCAAAGACAACAAUCUAAAAAAAAAAAAAAA